AUGUCAGGUCAACCUUUCUCACAACCACAAACCAAUGAUCCCUUUCUCCAUCUCAAAAUCAUCUCAAACCCCGACGGCACAAUCACUCGCCUACGUGAAGACCAACACACCCCACCUUCCUCAAAUCCCAACCUUCCAAUCCCCGUUCUUACCAAAGACAUCACCAUCAACGCUUCACACAACACCUUCGCCAGAAUAUUCCUACCUCGCAAAACACUCUAUCCCUCCUCCUCCUCCUCCUCCCAUAAACUCCCUCUUAUUGUUUACUUUCACGGUGGUGGUUUCAUCUUCUUCAGUGCAGCCUCAGAUUUUCUCCAUGAUCUUUGUUCCAACCUCGCAAAAGAUGUUAACUCCAUCGUUGUAUCAAUCGACUACCGUCUCGCUCCUGAACAUCGUUUACCAGCUGCGUACGAUGAUGCUAUGGAAGCCUUACACUGGAUCAAAACCCGACCGGACGAAUGGUUGAGAAAGUAUGCUGAUUAUUCAAAUUGCUAUAUCAUGGGAAGUAGCGCUGGAGGAAAUAUAGCUUAUCAUACCUGUCUACGCAUGGCUGCAGAGAUUAAUCUUAAACACGAUUAUAUAAGUCCACUUAAUAUUAGUGGACUUAUAUUGUCGCAACCGUUUUUCGGUGGAACCAAGAGAUUACCUUCAGAGCUGAGGCUGUUAAACGAUGCCGUUGUGCCGCCGCACGUGUGUGAUUUGAUGUGGGAACUAUCGUUGCCUUUGGGUGUUGACCGUGAUCAUGCGUAUUGUAAUCCAACGGUUGGUGAUGGGGUUGGGGUUUUGGAUAGGGUGAGGGAGCUUGGUUGGAGGGUGCUGGUGAGUGGGUGUGAGGGGGAUCCGUUGAUGGACCAUCAGAUGGUGAUGGCGACAGUGAUGGAAGAAAAGGGUGUGGUGGUGGUGAGAAGUUUUACGGCAGGGGGGUGUCAUGGGGUUGAGGUUCGUGAUCUCAUCAAGCGAAAGCAGUUGCAUAACCUAAUCAAGGAUUUCAUUUCUUUCCACCAAUAA